AUAAUACGAAGGUCCUCUCGACAAACAAGAGUAACUGUAAUCGAAAAUCAGGUUCUGUAAAGAAACGACAAAUUACAGUUGUUUAGCUUUCAAAAUAAGAUAUCAACAAUUGCCCACGACCGUCUACAACUUUUCAGCCUCCAUUCAUUCAUUCUAGACUGCCUUCAAGCGAAACUGACUGCACGGACGUCAUUCGACAUCGCGCGUAGUUCAAAGACUUGCCGAACCAUGUCUGUCAUCAACAAGCAGAUCCUGACCCCUCUGAGGAACAGGCCGACCCGCCGGAACCUGUUCGGGCCGGUGGACCGGGACCAGCUGCAGGAGGACUGGCAGAAUCUCAUCCAGAAAGAACUGGAGGACGCGUCCCGGCGCUGGAGCUUCGACUUCGCCACGGAAACGCCCCUGGAGGGCGGGGACUUCCAGUGGGAAGGGGUGGUGGGGGCCAAGGUGCCAGUACUGUACCGGUCCUGUAUGGUAGGCAAGGUCAGGUCCAAGAGGCAAGGAGGGUCUACAUCGAGGGCAAAAUCUGGGCAGACCGACAAGGAAAACACUCCAUGCACCCCCACCAGGUGCAAGGCCCAGCCCCAGAACCUGGAGGUGACGCCGGAGAAAAAACCCAGCCAAAUACUGAAGAGGAAACAGACCAACAUCACAGAUUUCUACCAGGUGAAGCGCCGGGUAGCAAACUCGCCACGGAAAUCAGGGCAGUGAGGAGGGCCAACGGUCCCCAAAUACCGCAGAAACCCUACUGCCUCUCAGGAACUCAGUCAUACACAGACUGUAAAACUAUUUCACCAGAAGGACUUGAACAUGUGUAUCUUUGUAUAUAGAAGGGCAAAUUCAGUGCUUUUUAUUCCAUCGACAUCAUGUCUGUCUGUGCUGCCUUCCCGUUAUGUGUGCCUCAUACUACCUGAUAGAGAAAGGUCAAAGGGGCGGGCUCCUUUCAUAGUGGUACACAUCAUUAGUCUUAGUAGAGGGUCAGAUACUCAAAAAAUGCAUCCCCCUUUCAUCCACUAACACUUGUCUCCUACCCUGCUCCUACCCCAAAGUAUCUGGAGGAAAGGAGGGGGAGGAGAUGAGUGGAGGAAAGGAGGAUACAUUUUUUGGGUAUUGGGGCACACCCUAUGAUGUGGUCACAUUCUGUUUGAAUCUCUGGAGCUGCCUCAUGGGAAGACCAUGUAAUCCUGGAGACAGGAGUAUGGAGGACACUCAGAGGCCAGCACCACAGAUCUAAACAUCCUUCAUAGUGAUGCUGAUGAGUCAACAGGCACGGUUAUGCACACGUCUUUGUACAUGCAUGUGAAUGUUAUUUAAGGUGAGGUUUUUUUUUACCUUUUUAACUUUAUACCUUUUUUCAGGUUUUUUUGUCCUCUAUCAGAACGGUUUGCCUCUCCUGCUAGCAUUUCCUGUCUAAAAUUCUUUUUGAAAAUACAAAUCUAGAGGUUGGCCACUAGGGUUCAAAUGACCAUGCUCACCUAUCCUCGAAUCAACAUUGAAUUUCCCUGCAGUUUUCGUGUGUCACACUCCUGUUGGUGCUAAUAUGAAGUUACACAAAUCUGAGGAGUUGGAAACUAGAUGUGAAAGGUGACACAAUGCUAAGUGUGUCUCAAAGAGUCUCUACCAGGCUUGUGUCAGCUAGUUUAUGAGGUGGAGUGCAGUCACAAGCAGGUGAGGUGGCCUAUAAACGGCUAAACUUCUUAAAAAGACAAGAGGUUUAAUUAUGAGAUGUAAUAAGCUUUUUAUCCAUUAUUGUUAAUGAUGAGCGCAGUGCAAGAUAUUAAAAAUAUUAGGUCCAUGCACAAAUCCACUAAACUCAAAUGUAGCGACCUACAAGUACAUACAAUUCAUUCAAAAAGUAUGUAUAGAAACAAAAGAUUAUCGAAGAGUACUUAAAACUAUUUGAAGUACAGUGCUUCAAGUACAGUGCAAUUAGAUACACCUAAAAGUGUUUCACGUUCACGUGCAGUAUUGGUGCAGUUAUAGUUAUUUAUUUGUAUGGUGGAAAAUCCUUGUGUCAUUGGUCAUUUGAUUGGAGGAGAAUUGGCAGCCAAGCUCAACACUAUGCAGUUGUGAUUAUAAUAUGUACAUAGUCUUGUAAUGUUCUUUGUAUGAUGUUAAGGAAAUAUCUUUCAGCUUUCAGCUUUAUCUCUCUUUUCCCUAAAUUGCACUUGUAUUUGUUUAUUCCUAAAAUUAGAUUAUGCACAUAUAUACUUUGUCAAAAUAUAUAAAGUUGUAUUUAUUGUUAUACUGUAGAUGAUGUGUGUCUCUUAAUUGAGAUUAAUAAAUAUUUGCAUUCUCUCUGA